AUUCAGUAUUCGCAAAGUGGCAAAGGCGGAAGUUCAACCAUAAAUUGUCCAUUUUUUGAUGAACCUAAUAAUGAAAAAAUACAAAUUAUUAAAGAUCAAAGAAAAUGUGGAGGAAUCAAGAUUUGUCCUUUUGCGCAUGAGCAUAUUAUGAAUUAUAAGCAUACUAAUGUUGAUUUUGAUUCAAAUAUUUUUCAAACUAUUAAAAAUGCUGAGGAAUCACGAAUAUCUUGUCUAUAUAUUCAAACUGAUGGUAGUCGAUGUAAUGGUGACUUAAUAAUCAAAAAACGACGGAUACAAACUCUUUUUUCAAGUGAAUCUAUAUCACAACCGAAUACUAAUAGGAACAAUGGAUAUUUUGUUGGUUGCACAUCUUGGAAAUAUGGUAUUACUGGACACCGUUAUAUACCACUUACAGAAGCUAUAGAUCAUCAUUUAUUAAAAAAUUUAAUUGACAGAAUG